UGCGGCGGGGCCGGGCAGCCUAUCUGCGGGCCGGCUGGGCGUCCCCGGGCGGGAGCGUUCCGCCGCUGUUUCCAGGCCGACGGCGCCGCCUGGUUGGCUGAGGGGCCGCGGCGCCGGGAGCCGGGCCGCGGCGGCGCAGGCUCGCCCGGGCUCCUCCCUCAGGAAGGCCGCCGGGAUGGCGGCGGAGGGGGCGGGAUGAGGGGCCGGCAGCCGCCUCAGGAGCGGCGGCGGCGGCGGAGGGCUCGGAGGCGCCGCUGCGGAAGGGCCGAGUGAGCGAGCGAGCGGGACCAGCCGCCCCCGCCGAGCCCCUGCCCGGCUGCCCGCCUCCCGCCUCUGCCCUGCCCUCCCCCGCCGCCUUGCCGCCGCCGCUGUCGUCGCCCUGGGGCCGGGCGGGCGGCCGGGAAAGCGCGGCGCUUGGAUGCCCGGAGCCCGCGGCGCGGAGCCAGCCCCGAGCCCGCCAUGGGCUGCUGCGGCAGCGCCGCCUCGCAGAGCUCCAAGCGAGAGUGGAAGCCUCUCGAGGAUCGCAGCUGCACAGAUAUCCCAUGGCUGCUCCUGUUCAUUCUUUUUUGCGUUGGAAUGGGUCUUAUUUGUGGCUUUUCAAUAGCUACUGGAGCAGCUGCAAGAUUGACUUCAGGAUAUGACAGUUACGGAAAUAUCUGCGGACACAAGAAUGUAAAAGUAGAGGGAAUAGACAACAGUGGUUUGGACCUUACAGAAAAGAAGUACGUGUUCUUUUUGGAGCCAUGCAAUGUAGACCUGGUACGUCGGAAGAUCAAAUCUAUUGCUCUCUGUGUGUCAGCGUGCCCACGAAAUGAGUUGAAAACACUGGCUGAUGUUCAGAAAUUCGCAGAGACUAAUGGUUCCACUCUAUGUAGCUAUGAACUGAAGCCAUCUGAAUACACUACAGAUCCAAGGGCUGCUCAGCUUUGCCCCAAGCUCCCAGUUCCAGAGAGUGCACCUAUUCCAUUCUUCCAUCGCUGUGCUCCUGUGAACAUUUCCUGCUAUGCCAAGUUUGCAGAAGCCCUGAUCACCAUUGUCAGUGACAGUAAUGUCUUGCACAGGCUGAUUAGUGGAGUAAUGACCUGCAGAGAGAUUAUAUUGGGACUUUGCUUGCUAUCACUAGUGUUUUCCAUGAUCAUGAUGGUGAUAAUCAGAUACAUUUCAAGAGUAGUUGUUUGGAUCUUAACUAUUCUUGUUGUUCUGGGAUCACUUGGUGGCACAGGAGUAUUGUGGUGGUUGUAUGUGAAACAGCGAACAUCUCCCAGCGACACUCUUACUGUUGAUCAGCUUCAAAUAGCCAAAGACAAUCGUCAGGCCCUCCUGAUCUAUGCCAUUGCAGCUACAGUCUUCACAGUUAUCUUAUUGUUGAUCAUGUUAGUUUUGCGCAAGCGAGUAGCUCUCACCAUUGCCUUGUUCCACGUGGCUGGCAAGGUCUUCAUUCACCUGCCACUCCUCGUCUUCCAGCCAUUUUGGACUUUCUUCGCCCUCAUCCUCUUUUGGAUCUAUUGGAUCAUGGUUCUGCUCUUCCUAGGUACCACUGGUAGCCCUGUAGGAAAUGAACAAGGUUUUGUCGAGUACCGGGCUGCAGGCCUCCAGAGAUACAUGUGGUGGUACCACAUCGUGGGGCUAGUUUGGAUCAGUGAAUUUAUCCUUGCCUGUCAGCAGAUGACUGUAGCAGGAGCUGUUGUGACAUAUUAUUUUACAAGAGAAAAAUGGAAUCUGCCAUUUACACCUAUUUUAGCAUCUGUCAAUCGCCUGAUCUGUUACCACCUGGGAACUGUAGCGAAAGGAUCUUUCAUUAUUACCUUGGUGAAGAUUCCGAGGAUGAUACUCAUGUAUAUUCAUACCCAAGUCAAAGGAAAAGAAAAUGCCUGUGCUCGAUGUAUUCUGAAAGCCUGCAUUUGCUGCCUUUGGUGUCUAGAAAAGUGCCUGACUUACUUAAAUCAGAAUGCAUAUACAGCCACAGCUAUCAACAGCACCAACUUCUGCACCUCAGCAAAGGAUGCCUUUGUGAUACUGGUGGAGAAUGCAUUGCGUGUGGCUGCCAUCAACACAGUGGGGGACUUCAUGCUGUUCCUAGGAAAGGUCCUUAUCGUGUGCAGCACGGGCUUGGCAGGGAUCAUGCUGCUGAACUACCAGCAGGACUACACCGUGUGGGUGCUGCCCCUCGUCAUUGUCUGCCUGUUUGCAUUCCUGGUCGCUCACUGCUUCCUGUCCAUUUAUGAAAUGGUUGUGGACGUCCUCUUCUUAUGUUUUGCCAUUGAUACAAAAUAUAAUGAUGGCACUCCUGGGAAGGAGUUCUACAUGGAUAAGGUGCUCAUGGAGUUUGUGGAGAACAGCAGAAAAGCAAUGAGAGAAAGCAGGGGAGGCGGCGCUGACGGCAGAGAGCUCAAACCAAUGGCCUCUGGAACCAGUUCAUCUUGAAGCUAGUCAGCCAUUAUGGAAACCAUUGACAUUCCAAAACAAUAUCUAUCUUAUCUUAUCUAUCUAUAUAUAUCUACAUAUAUAUAUUAUUAUUUAAAAAGCAGCCAAAAUCAGAGAAAAGGAACAGGGAUUUAAUACUUUUUUAAUGAUUAUUUUUGUGAAACAUGUACUCUUUUCAUACGGGUGGCUUUUACAAGCAACUUUUAUCAUUGUUCCAUUUUAAAACUAAUCAUUGUGGUUCGUGGCAAUGUUAUGAUUGUUAAUCCAAUUGAGAUACCAUAAUUUGGAGGAGGAUUCUGGAAUACGUUAAAAGAAUCAUGUAUGGAUGCAGAUUUGAAAUGCAUAAAUGGGUCAAGUAUCUUCUCCUCAUGGUUACUUUUAAUGAGCAUAACUCUUUAAAAUUUAAUGGAUAAUGACUGUUCUGGAAGGAAAAGUCCUUCAUAGAUUUUUUUUAAAAAAGAAGUGAAUUGAACAAUAUAUUAAUCGUUUUGGGUUUCUCCCUCCCCCCCCCCCUUUUUUUUUUUGCAAUGGGAUGCUAAUAGAAUCCAGCAAGUUCUAAGUAUCCAGUUUGUUCUCAUUAACACAUUCAACAAUGUAUACCUAAUGCAUUAAAAAAAAACACUAACCAACUCCUCAGGUAUUUAGAUAUUGAGAGAGCACCCAAACCUGUGAAGGAUGUGCUAUAGGGCAUAUGAAAGGAUGAGUUUUAUAUGCAACUUUUUUCCUGAGUUACUUUCUUUGUCCCCUCGUGUUGAAUAUUGUCCUUUGCACACGGUUGUCCUUUUUGAACUACGCAAAUACUUAAAAAGAAACAGUUGAAUAGCAGGCGUCUAAAGUUCAGCCUUAGAUAUAUUCCAUCACUGUUCAUCCGCGAUCACAUGGAAGGAUGCUGGGAGUCGAGUGGGGAAACUGUACAACUAUACAAAAAAAAUUAAGUACUGUAAGUCAUUUGCGUUUUCCUUUACUGUUGAAACCAUUCCUUGGCUGUGUGCUUAUUCUAUAUUCAGUAAUAAGUGGAGUCCAAUGGGAAAGAGCAGGUAAACAUCUUUUUGAAAUGUCACUGCCUUAGCAUCUAAAGUCGUUCUUAAGAGUGGCCUCUGUGCGUUCAGGCGCAUGGGAUCCGAAUGCCACAUGAAUACUUCAGAAGCUUCCGGAAAGCAAUAUUUGUGUCCCUUGCUGCUUUCCGACUGUUCUAGAAUUAAGCUGCAUAAAGAGAAGGUCACCCUAAUAUCUCACUUUCUUAGCAGCAAAGGAUUCAGAACAAGGGUGGAGCCCAAACAGAAUUCAAGGUAUGCCAUAUUCCUAGGAUUUUGUUUGCUUAUUAGCCACCAUCACCCCCCAAUUCAUAGUGCUCUUUCCCAGUAUUUUCCCCCCUCUGGUCUCUGAGUCCAGGAGAGAAAGUGCUGCACGCAGAAGCAGUUUUGAGAAGAAAAGUACAGCUCAUGCUGUAUUUUACUUUAACCACCAACAUCUAAAUGCACCCACUCCAUAGGAAUUCAUUUUAGCAUGUGAGACUGCUGUUUUUGCCUUCAGUUGACCUGCUAAAUUUGUGGAAAUAUGUGGAAAUCCCUUUUGGGCCUCUUAACCUUGGGGACAUUCAGAACCUAGAGGCAUUAAAUCUAGAUUCUGGAUAGUCCAGGUGUUUGGCUUCCUCGUUGUUCCUGUGGCUGCCAGUUCAGCACAGCGGUAACAGGGUUUCCCACAUGCCAUGGGGCCUUUUCCAGAGUUCUUUUAAUCGGCAAUUGAAUAUCAUUAUAAUAGUCUGUGGGUCAGGUUCACUGAAUUCCCUGUUUUCAUUUUAAAAGGCAUAUCUCCACAAUGAAAGGGGUUAGAGACUUUUUAAAAAAUGGAACCGGGGAAUUUGCAGAACCUAAUACACAGAUUGUUAUAACAUUAUAAUGAUACAAACAACAAAGCCCGUUGUAUGAAAAAAUACAACAGGCUCUAGAAAAUUGUUGUUGGUCAUUUUUUAUUUUCCAUGAAACAUAACAAUCAGUAGCACUUACUCCAAGGAAACCACCUUCAGGAUUGCAGCCAGGCUUCUUUAGGGAGGGAGAAUAAGCUCUGCACAAUCCAGCGGGGACCACUCCCAGGCAACCGUGGAUAGGCGCCCAGUGCUUCUGCCUUCUCCUCGGCGACCCUCAGGUGAGGCACAGGGAGGAGUGCUUAGGCUGUCAAUUCGGUGGACUCCCUCCCAGCAAUGCGCCUGUGCAAAGAUCCAUUUGUAUUCUGCUCUUCUUCCCCUCAGCAUCCUCCAACUCUGACCUGGGGGCCACCACAAAGCGCCUGCUUGCCACUGCAAGGGGGUUUGGCGGAUCGACAGCCUGAGCACUCCUCCUGGCGGCAAGCAAGUGCUUCACAGUGGCCUGGAGGCCAGAACGAGAGGGCACUGAGGGGAGGCGUGGGGAGGAGGGCUUAGGCCAUCAAUUCGGCGCAUCCCAUCCUGGCGGCAAGCUGGCACUUAGCAGCAGCCUCGAGGCCGGCCAGAGGGUGCCCACACGAGGAUAAAAAGUGAGUUGUCGCCAAUACGGCUUGCCUUUUAUAUAGUAGAAUAAUGAUGUUCAGUUGCCUUUUUAAAAACAAAAAAAGCCUCCCCUGUGGCGGGAGGGAAACAGCUGGGUGUGUCCAGGAGAAUCCAAACUUUUCAAUCUACACAGCCAUCCAGGCUUUAUUGUGAUCUUUCCCAAACUUUGCCACAAAGCAGGUUUGGAAAAGAUCGGAGAAAAGCUGGAGAAAACCCAGGAGGUAUACAAAUGUAUCGCAAUGCUGUGAGGGAGGAGAUCUCCCAACAGCGUUGAAGCAGGGGCAAACAACCUAUGUGGAAAAGGUCUUCAUUAUCUCUGUCUCUUUCUGGUGCACAUUUGUGAAAGUAAAGAGUUUCAAGAGACACUUACAUGAACAAUUGAUCUGUAACAAAUAUGUUCUUUUCCAGGGAAUGCGGAGACUCAGAGAAUACAUGUGUAGGUCUCAUUGAUUUGUAAUGUAGGGGAGGGGGAGAUAAAACAACAAACGCACGCAAUAACAGAACUCAAGUUAUGAAUUCACCUGAUUGGCUGUGCAGGUCACAUCGAAACUAAAUUUAAAUUCUUAUUUAUAUGCUGCCUCUCACAUGGUGAAAAUGAUACUGUGUAAUCACCAGUCUGAUAGGAGCUAGCAAGUAAUACAAAUGAUGCUACAGACAGCAAAAAAGAAAAUGAGGUGCUCCGAUUACUUCCAUAGAAGAGAGUUAAAUUAUUUUGGAACAGGUGAGCAAGCAGCCCCAUACCUGACAUAUCACAUACAGUUCUUGAAGUGAACUAAAAUUAUUGUGUCCGUAGUUUUUAGCGCCUUUAGGUCUUUCCUUUUUUUAAAUAGUGUAAGGGAUUAUGCUAUACGGUCUCUAAAUUUUUACAAAUAUUAUUCCAACAAAAAUGAUUUUCACGUUAACCUUCGUAUUUGUUUGAAUAUAACAUUUAAACCACAUUUGGUAGACUUCCCCACCACCACCCAAUCCAAUAUUUCAGUACAAUUUUGACAUAAAAUUAACAUGGGGGACUUUUAAAAUUUUAUUUAUGAGAUGUAAAUCAUAAAUAUGGUAAAUCAGACCACACUCUGUUAAGAGCACUGGAAAAUUUUCCGAUUCAGUUUUCUUUCUGGAAAACCCAUAUCACUGGUCAGGGAGAAGGCUAGGCUCCGGCUCCUGGUUUUCUAUAUACAGGGAGUUUUGUUUUCCAAGUAGGUGAUUUGGUGCAGGGGCAUUCAAUCAUGUACUUUCCCACCUAGUGCCUGGAUUGGUAUAGCCCAGGAGUAAUCUAUCGCAUCUGGCAUUCAUAGAACUGAAUGGCAAACUUGGUAGAUAUUGUAUUGUCGAAGGCUUUCAUGGCCGGAGAACGAUGGUUGUUGUGGGUUUUCCGGGCUGUAUUGCCGUGGUCUUGGCAUUGUAGUUCCUGGCGUUUCGCCAGCAGCUGUGGCUGGCAUCUUCAGAGGUGUAGCACCAAAAGAGUGCUACACCUUUGAA